AUGAGGUGGGUACUGGUGGCACUGCUGCUACUGCCUGCAGGAGUCCUGACAGCUGACGGAAACUUUGGGAUGAAGCAGCCGAAACACCUCUCUGCCAUUGUGGGAGGCUCCAUCGAAAUCCCCUUCAGCUUCUUCCAUCCCUGGAAGUUGGCCCGGGAUCCCGAGGUGAAGCUGUUUUGGAGAUGGGUGUGGUUCUACGGGGAGUUCAUCUACAACACGACCCCACCUUUCAUCCAUAAGCAUUUCAAGGACCGGCUGGUCCUGAACUUCACAAAGGACAGGACCUCAGGCUCCCUGUCCAUUUUGAACCUUCGGAAGGAGGACGAGACCACGUACUUCUGCCGCAUCCAUCUGAAGACAAAGGAAAUGGGUGAGCAGCAGUGGCAGUCCACCGAAGGGACCAACCUCACCAUCACUGAAGCCAUCAAGACCAUCACUGAGAGAAGCACCAGUGUAGCCUCUGAAGUUACCUCAGCUGGCUUCACAGUCUCAGAGUCUCAGCCCCUGAGUCUGGGAGCCUUUGUUGGGGUUGUGAUGUUCACUGCUACAUUCAAAAUUGGAGUGCUAGGACUGAUGGCCUUCCUCAGAUGGAGAAAGGCCAAACAACUACAAUCCCCAGCAGGGGAAGUCUCCCAAGACACUGAAGAGAAAUAUGAAAAUAUUGGCUAUAAAAAAUUCCCUUUCGUUGCUGGACAACAUACAGAGCCCCAAGGACCAUGCGAGCACCGGAGCCUCAAGUGCCUCUCAGGCCCAGAUAAAUCACCUCCCCACACUGCUGCUGGUGAGAUUGCACACUGCAGGGGGCAGUGUGGACCUUCCUAUGAGCACAGUGUGUGGCCCAUAGCUGGCCCCUCCUUGGGCCCACCCUUCUGCAAUCUGGUAGAUGACUUGCACAAGGCCAGAAUGCAACUCUGA